AUGACGGAGGAAAACAAUGAAAUGGAAAUAGAUCCAAGUACUUCCAUUUGCAGAUCUGGACACGAUAGACCAAAACAACAGAAUGUGAUUUACUCCAUCUGCAUCUAUGUUACAUUUUUCAUGAUAGGCUGGAGUCGCAGUCUGUUUGGUCCGUGCUUUCCCGACAUUCAACACAUAUGCCACAUCGAUCUAGAGCUGGGAUCAUGGAUUGUUGCUACAUUUUAUAUUGGCUACACAUUUGGCUCUUUAAUUGCUGGAUUGUUAGAAACAUAUAACCAGAAUUUGAUAUUUGGUUUAUCUCUCAUCACAUUAGCGACGUCUGUUGUUGUAACUCCUUGGUGUUCUGUGUAUUGGAUAAUGAUAGCAGUCCACUUUUCACAAGGAUUUUGCCAGGGAGUCGUAGAUACCAUCGGAAAUUCUGAAAUUCUACGUAUAUGGAAGAACAAUCGUCUGCUGUACUUCUGCCUUGAGCUAAGCUAUGCCAUCGGGAGUUUCGUUUCACCAUUGGUAGCCGCUCCGUUUCUCAUGGAUAUUCCUGUAAACCAGACUUUGGUUAAUAAUAUUUCUACAGGAUAUCACAUGUCAACUGUGAAUAAGGAAGUUCCAAAUAUUUCUAUAUCAGACUUUUCACGGAACACUUUUUUUAACCGAACUCCUGAUAGCGUGAACAUCUCCUCAGACGGGAUUCCAUCGACUAAAUCUGUCCAAUCGAUGAUAUACAUUCCUUACUCUUUAACCGCAUUUCUUGUUAGUUGCAUAUCAGUCUCUUUUUUGUUAAUGUACUUUGUUUAUGAACAAGUCUGUCUUUCUCAGUUUACUGCUAUAACACAACCCGAAGACGAAUUAAAUCCCGUUCCUGUAACAAAAGGUAAUGCAGAACAGGCGGUUGCGACAAAAUCCGGAUGUGCACCUAUAGCUAGACAGCUCCCUACCAUGAUCAGGGUUUUCGCUUUACUUACCACAAGUAUUUUCUUGUCGUUUUAUGUUGGAGUCGAAGAAGCCUUAGUUAACUUUCUUACUGUAUAUUGUGUCGAUUAUCUUAAUUGGACUCCGUCAGAUGGUGCUUUGAUAACUGCCAUUAUGAAUAUAUGUGGUAUAGUUGCAAUUGUUGGUUCCUUGUUUAUGAGGUGUAUCAACACUAUUGUGUAUGCAGGUAUCAAUUGCGUUUUUGUGUCGCUUUCCUUUUUAGGUAUAUUGAUAAGUUCACUAUAUUAUCAUGGAAUAAGUAUGUGGAUUUCUUGUUGUUUUCACGGUUUUUUCAGAGCCAUCCUGUUUUCGUUGAUUUUCACUUGGACCAAUGAAUACAUUACACCAGUGACAGGACGGAUUGCGUCCCUGUUUAUGAUUUCUUCUUGUCUAGGCGCAGCAGUAAAUCCGCUCAUGUUUGGAUAUGUGAUGGAGACUUUUGGUGAUAUAUGGUUGUGUUACGGUUUUGUAGCUGAAGGAUUUUUUGUCCUGUUCUUGUAUUUUGCUAUGGUCGUCAUUACGAGGUAUGUUGUGAAAAAUUUUGGUAAAUCUUUGGAUACGUCAGAUAUAUACGAAACAGCAAUUUCAAUGACGGGCAGUAUUAUCAGAGUUUGA